AUGAACACUUGCUUUGAGACCAACUGCUCGACCGGUGAUGCCGUCGACCAGUUCCGCGCCCGACAGCCCUCUUACAUGGCGUGGAUUGGAUGGGACUGUCAUCAGGAGUGCGAACACCAGUGCCAGUGGCAGACAGUCAACCAUUUGAUGGUCACCGGAGAUAAUAGCACUCGUUUGCCACAGUUUUAUGGAAAGUGGACAUUCUUCCGGUUCUAUGGUAUUGAAGAGCCGGCAUCUGUGCUCUUCUCGUUUCUCAACCUAUUGUCUAAUAUCUACGGUUGGAAUCAAUACCGCAAAGCCAUUAAAAGUGAUCCCUAUUUCAGUGUUUGGACACUUCAAGCACUGUUAGCCAUCAAUGCCUGGUUCUGGUCUACAAUCUUCCACACCAGACAGUCAUCAGUGACUGAAAAAUUCGAUUACUUUUCCGCGUAUUCUGUAGUCAUAUACUCACUCUUUGCACUAACCGUCCGAUUCUUAGAUUACCUAAACAUUAGUUCAAAAGCACUUUUGACACAAAUAGGGAUCGGAAUGCCUUUCUUGGCCUUUUUUACUUAUCACAUCCAUUACUUAUUUUAUAUACACUUUGAUUAUGGAUACAACAUGAAAGUCAACGUAUGCACAGGUAUAUUAAGCUCAACGGGUUGGCUGUUAUGGUGUUAUCUAAAUCGUCACAAAGGAAGACAUAUCUGGAAGUGUGUCUUCAGUAUCUUUCUAUUGAAUUUCUUACUAUUACUAGAAGUCUAUGACUUUCCUCCGAUUGCAUUUAUUUUCGAUGCCCACUCCUUAUGGCAUUUGGGAACCGUUCCCCUACCAGUCCUUUGGUUUAGUUUUCUAUCCGACGAAGCAAACCAUUCCGAUAUGAAGUCCAAACUCAAACUGUGAUAAAACCGAUACAAACACUGUAACACAUAUUAGCAAACACUUAACCAUACAUUCCAUUAGUAAGGUAACAGUCAUUUCAAUAUAACAAAUAUGAACACAAAUUAUGUAAUUACGGACCGGAAAUAUCGGUCUAACGGCCAGAUUGUGUGCCAUAAACACUGGCCUUAAUAGUUGUGAUUGUCUUGAGUUACGCCUAAACACAGACGAAUGGAUUCGAUGCCAAAUUCCAGAUUAAUAUAUGCUAUAAACAGAAAUC